UAUUCACAAUGGGAAAUGUAGUAUCAAAUGAGCCUUUGAAUGACUCAGAAUCAGAACCUUCAGCAUUGAAACAAGCCCAGGCUCAAAGCAAUACUGAGGUUAUUCAGAAUGGUCCAACUCAGCAAAAUGCUAUUCAAGAUAAGUGUGAAAAUGAUGUUGAACAGGACCCUGAGACAUUCACAUCACAGAAAACAAUGGAGAUGAGCCCCAGUGCUAAUGCAGAGGAGAAAGAACCAGUGAAAUCCGCAAAGGCUGGUUUGAAACCGAAAUUUUCAUUCUCCUUGUAUCGCUCUGUACCAGGGCGUACAGAUGGCCCUCCUACAGAGCCAAAAUCGGAAACAGCCAAGCUCCAGACCAAUCAAAAGGACUUCUCAGUGAACACAGUAUCUAUUGAUAAAGUGAAUCUUCAACAAUCCUCCACACAAAAAGGAGUUUCUACUCAAAAGCAACGGCAACCCUCUACUGAUGUUGCUGAACCUGCUGAAAAAGAAGCAGAACAACCAAAGCAAAAAGAAAUAAGCUUUUUUGAAAAACUUUUCAAACAGGGUGAUAAAAGCAAAUCAGUUGAUGGGCACCAGAGAGAUCUAAAAACCACUGAAAAUCGGGACCUAACAGCAGCCAAUAAGGAAGAUACUGAACUAAUAUACAGACGGAACAACUUCCAUCAGUACUUGGAAACUGGUGAUGGUAACAAGGAUUAUAUGACAUCAUCCAAUGGUAAUAACAUAUCUCAAAAUCCAGCAUCUGCCAAAUUAUCUGAGAAGGAUACUGAGAAGGAACAUAAAACAGGGACGCCUGCAGAUGAUAAUUCUGUCAUGAAUUUCUUCAAAACACUUGUGACUCCAACAAAGUCCUCUACCAAGAUAGAUCACGACUCACAUCAGGCAUCAGAUGAAAAGAAAAAAGUAAAUGGUGAACACAAGGAACCAGCAGCCAAAGCCCACAAAUUAGAACAACAGAAGGUAUCCAAGACUAAAGGUACAGAUUCUGCUGAUGGAGCAAAAUCAGAGAAGUCGCCGAUACAAAGUCCGUUUGGAAAACUGUUUAAGCAAAAAACUAUCAAGGAAUCACAGUUUGAACAAGAAAAUGUGACUAGUACUGCUAGUAUGAAAGCAGAAAAGGGCACGUCACAACCACAGAAACAGAUUUCCAAGCAGGGAAGUAAAGAUUCUGAAGUUGCACAGCAAAUUAAGGCUGAAGAAGAAGUUAAACCAGCCAAGAAGGGCUUCCUGAAUUUCUUCAGACAGACGGAAUCAGACCUGACAGAUGAACCUGCAAAAAAAGAAGUCGAAAUAGGGGAAAACUCUGUGCAAUCACCAAAAAAGGCCAAUGACAGUUCAAAACAGAAAAAGGCCAUCUCAGAGGGCAAAGAAGAAACUUGGAGAACAAAAUCUUUGGAAGUGCAUCCUCCCUCACAGCAACCAAGCACCAUUUCAGAACCAAUAGCAAAUGGCAGUAAUAACAAAACCAAAGAAACUUCUGAGAAGAGAACAGAUAAGAAGCAAUCAUUUGGGAUGUUCCUAAAACAGCUGGGAGGGAAGAAGACAGCAGAUGCUGCCGUGCAAACAGAUCCUGUUGUUAUUCACCCUGCAGGGAAAACGAAGUGAUUCUGGCCUGCAACGGCAUCACUGCACCCCCAGGAAGCUUGGCAACAUGCAAUACUACUUGGUGAAAUCACAGACCACACACAUCUCUGACUAGCCCUUUUGUAUCUGUAUGAAUCAGGAUGUGCCUGAGAAUAUCAUCUGAAUAAUAUUUCAGUUAAUUGAUUAAGGGACUUGCAGCAACUAUCUGAACUUCUUACAUCACAUUUUUAGAUUUAAAUUACAUAAUUUUCUACAUAUUAGAUGAUUUCACUAAUGGUUCUGGUAAUUACUUUUUUUUAUAAUAACAUCAAAUACUUAAUACAGGAAAGCAUGCUGCUUCUCCUUUUUAUUUCAAGGCACUUGUAUAUCAUAGGGUUGAAAUAUCAUCACAGACCAGCAGUACUAAGCUAAAGUGACUGAUUAUUAUUGUCAUUAACUUGUUUUCUUGAACAUCCAAAGGAGUAAAAAACAAACUGCUGGGGAGAAGCUCAGCAGGUCAAUCAGCAUCUGUGAAGGAAAAAGAUAGUGUAUGUUCUGGUAUCAGGAUCAAGAAAGUAGAGAGAACAUGGUACAGUAUAUAGAUGCAAGAAGGUGGGCUGAUACAGAGGCUGGGGAAUGAUUGAUGCAACUAGAUGAAGAGGUGGAAGAGAUUGUGUAGAAUCAGAGACUGAUAAAUGAUAGAUACAAGUAAUCCCCUCCCUUACUAGUUCCAUCUGCUUAAUCUCCCUACCUCAUUAUCUGUUUACACCUACCACGCACCAGCCUCUAUCUCUACAUCCCCCCUUCCACCACCGACACCAUCUGGCUGUCAUCUUCCCCCAUCCCUUUCAUCUGGUUCCACAUACCAGCAUCGGUUCCAUCAUGCCCCUUCACUUCUACGUAUAUACUGGCUUUCUACCCUCUGCAGUACCCUCUGUGUCCUGAUGCAAGGUCAAUGAUGUUGACCACCUUCACAGAUACUGUUUGAGUUCUCCCAGUGCUUUAUUUUUCACUACAUCCGCAGUCUUUUGUAUCUCCACACCCAAUAAGUAGUUCAUUAUAAUGCAGUGAAUUUAAUACAUAUUCCAUUUGAUGCAUUGGUGACCAGAUAGUGGCUUACAGACAAGCUUCAGCAAAUUAUCUCCACUCAGUAGUAGGAUGCCAUGUAGCUAAGUUAAUGCAUUUUGAUCUGCCUCCAAAAUUCAUUCCACUGAAAUUCAUUCCAUAUUUAGUAUUACCAACUUGGAAUAAAUUUCUUUACAAUUUUCACUAUAGAUGUUAUAUGGCAAUGAAUGUUGUGAGUAUAUUAACAAUAAGUACUAUGUACCAGGUUUGUGAUUAGAUUUGGGAUUAAAAUUGCAUCCUAACAUUGUUAAAAAUUAAAUUGAAUCAAUGCUCCUAAAAAUGCUUAACCAUUACUACAAAAUAAUCCUGGUGGAAGAAAUUCAAUAAAGGUUGUGUCCGUACACCAGGGGGCAACAAAAACUUUAAUUUGAAGGAAAGAGGAUUCAACUAGUUUUUCACACUUUUGUUUUAGAUGGAUUUCAUUUCAAAUGAUUUCAAAACAGAUACAUACAAGUUGGCAUGACGAUAAAAUUUAUUUCUGAUACUUUAAAUAUCAAAGGUGAAGUAUCACACAAAUGUUUGGAGAAAAACUCAGGGUUCGGUAAAGUUAUCUUAAAAAGUUCAAAGGUCAAAGUUCAAAAUUCAAAGUGAAUUUAUCAUCAUAGUACAUAUAUGUCACCAUAUACAACCCUGAGAUUCAUUUUCUUGCUUGCAUACUUCAUAAAUCCAAUAGCCAUAAUAGAAUUAACGAAAUACCGCAUUAAUAGGGCAGCCAACCGAUGUGUAAAAUACAGCAAACUGUGUAAAUACACACAUAAUAACUAAAUAAAUAAAUAAAUAAAUAAAUAAAUAAAUAAAUAGAAUUAAAUAAAAUAAACAAGCAAUAAAUAUUGAGAACAUGAAAUGAAAAGUCAAAAGUGAGUCCUUAGGUUGUGGGAGUAUUUCAAUGAUGUGGCAAGUGAAGUCAUCCCUCUUAGUUCGAGGUCCUGCUGGUUGAGGGGUAAUAACAUUUCCUGAACUUGCUGGAUUGAGUCCUGAGGUUCCUGUACCUUCUUCCUGAUGGCAUCAAUGAGAAGAGAGCCUGAGCUGGGUGGUGGGAGUCCCUGAUGAUGAAUGCUGCUUUCUUGCAACAGCACUCCGUGUAGAUAUGCUCAAUAGUGGGGAGGGCUUUACCCAUAAUGAACUAGACCACAUCCACUACUUUUUGUAGGGUUUUCUAUUCAUGGACAUUCGUGUUUUCAUACCAGACUAUGAUUCAGCGAGUCAAUAUCCUCUCUAACAUACAUCUAUAAAAUUUUAGCUGUCAAGUUGAGUCUUGGCAAACUCCUAAUUAGAGGCACUGUCAUGAUUUCUUUAUAAUCACACUUACGUGCUGGGCCCAGGACAGGUCCUCUGAAAUGAUAAUACUGAGGAAUUUAAAGUUGCUAACCCUCUCCACCAUUGAUCCACAAUGGACCUCUAGUUACCUCCUCCUGAAGUCAAUAAUCAGUUCCUUGACCUUACUGACAUUGAGCAAGCUGUUGUUGUUCUGGCACCACUCAGCCAGGCUUUCAAUCUGCCUCCUAUAUGUACAAUGGAAAUUAAUAUAUAAUUUGACCAAUUGAAUUAAAUGACACAUUAGCAGUGAAAAAUAAAUUGAAAUAAAUUAAACAAAUAAUUAUUUUAUGCUUUAAUAUUUAUUGCUAACAAAACUGUCUUUGGUUAGUUUCUGGCAAUAGUUCAACAAAGUUGUAAGUUAAAACCAAAAUAAUAUUAUUUCUCUAUAAAAUAAUUAUGCUAUAAAGCUUUCAUCAUGUGUUAAUUAUGCUAUUAAAACAUGCAGAGAUCCAGGAAUUGUUGCCAACUGAUUAUGAACUGUUUUUCCUUUGGGCACUUCCUUUCAGGCUCUGUGCUUGCAUUCUUUCAAUUCAUUUAUACACAAUUCAUUGUUAUUUAGA